AUGCCGUAUAACAAUGAAAUAUCUGAUGAAAUUCAAUCAAUGGUGGUACAAUUACAAAAUUUUUCUCAACUGGAUGUUGAUACUCAAUUACGUCUAUGGAAAGAAACAUUUACCUUUCGUCGACAAGUCGUGCGAGAUCAAUCAACAAGUGAUAUUAUGAAGAAUUUUCCUGCUUAUAGUGAUGCUUUCUUGGUCUUCGAAGAAGUAAAAAUGCUGAUGAACAUCGACUUAAGCAAACAAGUUCGACGACAAAUUCCUAUUUUAUUAGAUAAAUUAGUCGAAACUCCUGUAUUCAUUGCUGAUUCACUUUCUAUUCGAUUAAUUAAAGUUUUAUGUCGAAAGUUCGGCGAAACUGUUCAACAUAUACUCUGCGAAAAAGAACCACUAACACCAUAUCCAACAUUGGUCUUGAUUGAUGAUAUUAUUCAUAUUUAUAUUGACUUUCAUCCAAUUCUUUCAACAAAUUCACCAGAUGAUGCUAUUGGUCUUCUUAUCUCAAUGUAUUCUAUAUUUGAACUAUCAUUUGAUAAAAAGAGUAGAACCAUUCGAUUUUUAUAUUGUGUUUUAUAUGGUGAGAAACAAUUUCUCUCUAAUUCAAUUCGAGUAUUGAUAAAGGAGAAGAAUAUUAAUAUUCAUCGAGAACGUCUUCAACUGCCAGCUAUCUCGUCCUAUUCUGUCUCGAACAAUACAACCACACUUAUUAGUGAAUCUCAAAGUCAAUUACAAAUUGUUACAAAUUUAUUGAAUCGUUCUAUUGAUGAACAUAAUUCUUGCAUUAUUAAUCAAACAACAGAACCAACGACUUCAACUCAUGGUUCUCAUUCAAGUGUAGAUAUGGCUUCUGAUACAAAUCAAUUCAACAAUAACAACGAGAACGUGUCGGCAUCUGAUUGUAGUUCUCAACCUCAAGCAAGAAAGAAACGAAAAUGUAAACAAAAUUCAAAUGAAGAAGAACAAGAUGAUACAUUGAUGAACAAUGCUCCACAAGAUAAUAUUGAAUUUCCUCAAGGUCGUCUUCCACUUACCAUUAUGACAAAUUCAACUGUUGCAUUACGACAAACAAAACGUAAACGACAAAUUUGA